AUGGCGAAACCAACGGAACUGAAACAUAUCACUGGCAAAGCGACGACGACCAGAAGAAUGGCGGCAACAGAACUCAGCAGAAAACCACCCAAUGACGCAACGGCAGUGGUGGCGGCGCUACUCGACUGGUGGCUCCCGGUCUUGGUGUUUAUUCCAGUUCCGCCUACGUCUCCGACAACCGGGUUGCGAAUGGUGCUUAAUGGCGAGGUAGGAGGCGGCGACCUUGUGGUCGUCGGCAAAGGAAGAUACGGCAGUGAACAUUCUCGCCGGCAUCAACAGUUUGUGGUGGUGGCUUCGGUGGUCGGAGAAGCAAGAGAGUAG